AUGCUUACAAGGAACUGUUUAUCCCUGCUUCUCUGGAUUCUAUUUGAUGGUGGUCUCCUAACACCACUUCAACCACAGCCACAACAGACUUUACCCACAGAAGCAAGAGAAAAUGAAAUCCACCUGUCAGGGCAACAGUCACAUUUCCAACGAGUCAAACGUGGCUGGGUGUGGAAUCAGUUCUUUGUGCUGGAAGAAUACAUGGGCUCCGAACCUCAGUACGUGGGAAAGCUCCAUUCUGACUUGGACACGGGAGAGGGCACUGUUAAAUACACGCUCUCAGGAGAUGGUGCUGGCACUGUCUUUACCAUCGAUGAGACCACAGGGGACAUUCAUGCUAUAAGGAGCCUGGACAGAGAGGAAAAGCCUUUCUACACACUUCGUGCUCAGGCUGUGGACAUAGAAACCAGGAAGCCUUUGGAACCUGAAUCAGAAUUCAUCAUCAAAGUGCAAGACAUCAAUGACAAUGAGCCAAAGUUUCUGGAUGGCCCUUACAUUGCUAGUGUUCCAGAAAUGUCUCCUGUCGGUGCCUAUGUUCUCCAGGUAAAGGCCACAGAUGCCGAUGACCCGACCUAUGGAAACAGUGCCAGAGUGGUUUAUAGCAUUCUUCAGGGACAGCCUUACUUCUCCAUUGAUCCCAAGACAGGGGUCAUUCGCACAGCUUUGCCGAACAUGGACAGAGAAGUGAAGGAGCAAUACCAGGUCCUCAUUCAGGCCAAGGACAUGGGCGGCCAGCUUGGAGGACUGGCAGGAACCACCCUGGUCAACAUCACCCUCUCGGAUGUCAACGACAACCCACCUCGCUUCCCUAAAAGCAUCUUCCAUCUGAAAGUUCCUGAGUCUUCACCUAUUGGUUCAGCUAUUGGAAGAAUAAGAGCUGUGGAUCCUGAUUUUGGACAAAACGCUGAAAUUGAGUACAACAUUGUUCCAGGAGACGGGGGAAAUUUGUUUGACAUUGUCACAGAUGAGGAUACACAGGAAGGCAUCAUCAAACUUAAAAAGCCUUUAGAUUUUGAAACAAAGAAGGCAUACACGUUUAAAGUAGAGGCCUCCAACAUCCACCUGGACCACAGGUUCCACUCUGCGGGUCCUUUCAAAGACACGGCCACGGUGAAGAUCACUGUCCUGGAUGUGGCUGAGCCGCCGGUGUUCAGCAAGCCUGUCUACACCAUGGAGGUGUACGAGGACACGCCCGUAGGCACCAUCAUCGGUGCUGUCACCGCCCAAGACCUGGAUGUGGGCAGCAGUGCCGUGAGGUACUUUAUAGAUUGGAAGACGGAUGGGGACAGCUACUUUGCAGUAGAUGGGACUGAAGGAACCAUUGCCACUAAUGAAUUACUGGACAGAGAAAGCACAGCACAGUAUAAUUUCUCCAUAAUUGCAAGUAAAGUUAGCAAUCCGUUAUUAACAAGCAAAGUCAACAUACUCAUUAAUGUCCUAGAUGUCAACGAAUUCCCACCAGAAAUUUCUGUGCCAUAUGAAACAGCUGUGUGUGAAAAUGCUAAGCCAGGACAGAUAAUUCAGAUAGUCAGUGCUGCGGACCGAGAUCUUUCUCCUGCCGGGCAGCAAUUCUCCUUUAGAUUAUCUCCUGAGGCUGCCAUCAAACCAAACUUUACGGUCCGUGACUUCAGAAAUAACACAGCUGGAAUUGAAGCCAGAAGAAAUGGAUACAGCCGCAGACAGCAAGAGUUGUAUUUCCUUCCUGUUGUAAUUGAAGACAGCAGCUACCCUGUCCAGAGCAGUACAAACACAAUGACUAUCAGGGUUUGUAGAUGUGACUCCGAUGGCACCAUCCUGUCUUGUAAUGUGGAAGCAAUUUUUCUACCUGUAGGACUUAGCACCGGGGCUUUGAUCGCAAUCCUCCUAUGCAUUGUUAUUCUCUUAGCCAUAGUUGUGUUGUAUGUAGCACUGCGGAGGCAGAAGAAGAAGGACACCCUCAUGACCUCUAAGGAAGACAUCAGAGACAACGUCUUCCAUUAUGACGAUGAAGGAGGUGGGGAGGAAGACACCCAGGCUUUUGAUAUUGGGGCUCUGAGAAAUCCCAAAGUGGUUGAAGAGAACAAAAUCCGCAGGGAUAUAAAACCAGAAUCUCUCUGUUUACCUCGUCAGAGACCACCUGUGGAAGACAACACAGACAUAAGGGAUUUCAUCAGUCAAAGGCUGCAGGAACACGACAUGGACCCAGCUGCACCCCCAUACGAUUCCUUGGCCACCUAUGCCUACGAAGGCAACGGGUCGAUAGCAGAGUCCCUCAGCUCCAUAGACUCUGUCACUACAGAGACUGACCAGGACUUUGAUUAUCUGACAGACUGGGGACCCCGCUUUAAGGUCUUGGCAGACAUGUUUGGUGAAGAAGAGAGUUAUAACCCUGAUAAAGUCACUUAAGGGAGAAGUGAAAGCUGACAUACAACGGAGAGGAGAAACUUUUAACAAAAGAAGCAAGUA